CUCCCCUCGUUCUGCAGUUCCUAGGAACCUCCUUCUGCUCCCAGCCUCGAGCUCCGGUCCCCCUGCUCCUCCUGACAUCCGAGAGGCUCUGCUGCAGCUGAUCCCGGCUCACUGUUUAUCCUGUACAGCCUGGCAACCGGCCGCACGCUCCGGAUUAUCGCAGGACGCCUACUACUAAACGCACUUUACUUUCCACUCUGACUUUUUUCAGGGUUUGAUUUUUUUUUUUUGUUAAAUUGAAGGAAAAAAAAAAGUUUUGGGCAGUCGAGGGAAAAAGGAGAAGCGUCUUGGAUAUGUGUUUGGAUCUUUUUGUUUUUGAAUAACUUUACUGUUUUUCGAUCUAAAUCUUCUGGAGGGUGUGUGUGUGUGAGUGUGUGUGUGUGUGUUUCCCCCGCGAUGGAUCACACACUUUUCAGCUGCCUGCGGAGCCCCCACGCCCCGGCUCAGGCCCUGCACCCCGCCUUCACUCAGUCCCCCCUGACCCUGCACGGACGCUCGGACCACGUCUCCUACCCGGACCUGGCCUCCUCUUCCUCGUCCUCCUCCACCUCCUCUCCCUCGCCCUGCAUCAUCUCCAGCUACCAGGUGGACGACGGCCUGUUUCCCGGGCAACAUCACCACCAUCACCCCCACCCCCACCCCCACACUCACCGUGGCCACCUGCCCUCCCAGCAGCAUCACAUCCCGCCUCAGCACCACGCGUCCUGGCACAUCCCACAGAUGCCCUCACCUGGGGGGGGCCCGCGCCACAACCUCUGUCACCCGCACUCCCUCUCGUCCCAUGACAACGGGCCCUCACCCUCUGACCUGGGCCACCCCGGUGCACCCAGUAUGUGUGCCAGCACACCCAGUCUGGGCAGCGGCAGCACCCCUACGGGGGCCUCCUGUGUGCCUGCAGACUUUGGCAGACAGACUCUGUCACCUGCUGAGGCCGAGAAGAGGAACGGCAAGAGGAAGAGUGACAGUUCAGAGUCCCAAGACGGGAAUUACAAGUCAGACGUGAGCAACAAACCCAGGAAGGAGAGGACGGCGUUCACCAAGGAGCAGAUCCGAGAGCUGGAGGCCGAGUUCGCCCACCACAACUACCUAACCCGACUAAGGCGCUACGAGAUCGCCGUCAACCUCGACCUCACUGAAAGACAAGUGAAGGUGUGGUUCCAAAACAGGAGGAUGAAGUGGAAAAGAGUGAAGGGCGGCCAGCAGGGGGCGGCAGCUCGAGAGAAAGAACUGGUGAAUGUGAAAAAGGGGACGCUGCUGCCGUCGGAGUUUUCCGGCAUCGCAGCGCUCCACCACUCGACGGACUCCUUAGCCAAUGAGGACAGUCACGACAGCGACCAGAGCUCCGAGCACGCUCAGUUAUGAUGCCCCCCCCGUCCCCCGUCCCCCCCGUCCCCUCCUCGGAGAAUCGGCCCUGCCUCUGUCUCAGGACCGCCCUAAAUAAGGACUGCUGUUUGCUGAUUCGCCAUCGUCAUACAACGAUGCUAAAUAAGUGUACAAAUGUACAGAUGAGUUAUGUAUAGAGAUGCAGGCAGAGUGUACAUUUCAAGCACAUAAAGGGGAGGUUGACUUUUUUUUAAAGCACCAUUGGUUCAAAAUAUGAGCAUCAAAAUUUAAAAUUUGAAUUUUCCCUUAAAAAAAAAUCACUGAAUGAAACAUUUGGAAAAUCAAAAGUCAAACUGUUGGAAACAUUCCAUGUUUUUUUGCUCUGACAGAAGCUUCCAGAAAACGUGCAGAGAGACAGAUGAGAUGAACGCAGAGUACAGACAGGAAGUGAAACGCUCUGUGUGAUCUGGAUGUGUAUUGGACGUCGAGCAUGAUUGAGCCUUAAGUCUUCGAUUUGCACUGUUAAAAAAAAAAAAACAUACAGUCGGUUUCUACUGUGUAAAAUGUGUACAUGUCAUUGAUCAAAUCAAGUGCCAGGAAAUCAAGUUAGCCGAGCUAAUAUAAACGAUGUGUAAAUAAUUCUCAGUGGUGUCUUACCUUUAACGAUUAUUUUAUAUCCACACUAUUCAGCACGGACCGUUCUUUCGUCGACAUGUUUCUGCCAUGAGAUGACAUUUUGUAAACUAAUUUGAAACCUGAAAUGAGCUUUUUAUUAAAUCUUUUCAAGGACAGUUUGCAAAAACUAAUAAAUUUAA